AUGUGUCCCCAGGGGCUGUGCAGCCUCCGCUUGGGGCUCCUGCUGGGCUCUGCGCUGCUGGUGGCGUCAGCCCCCGCCACCCCGGAGCCCCACAGUUGCAGCAACCAGGACCAGCAGGUGACCCUCAGCCACACCUACAAGAUCGACGUGCCCAAGUCCGCCCUGGUCCAGGUGGAGGCUGACCCUCAGCCGCUGGGCGACGAAGGGACUUCCCUCUUGGCCCUGGGAGAGGCCGGGGAGGAGCAGAACAUCGUCUUCAGGCAUAACAUCCGCCUUCAGACGCCGCACAGGGGCUGCGAGCUGGCAGACAGUGUCCGGGACCUCCUGGCCCGGGUGAAGAGGCUGGAGGAGGAGAUGGAAGAGAUGAAGGAGCAGUGCAGUGCCCAGCGCUGCUGCCCAGGAGCUGCCGACCUGAGCCACCACUGCAGCGGCCACGGCACCUUCGCCCCUGAGACCUGCAGCUGCCGCUGUGAGCAGGGCUGGGAGGGCGCGGCCUGCGAGCGCCCCGCGUGCCCCGGCGCGUGCAGCGGCCACGGGCGCUGCGAGGACGGCCGCUGCCUGUGCCACGCGCCCUUCGUGGGCGCCGACUGCGCCUACCCCGCCUGCCCCGGGAACUGCAGCGGCCACGGCGAGUGCGUGCGCGGCGUCUGCCUGUGCCACGCCGACUUCACGUCGGAGGACUGCAGCGAGCGGCGCUGCCCCGGCGACUGCAGCGGCCAUGGCUUCUGCGACACUGGCGAGUGCUACUGCGAGGAGGGCUUCCUGGGCCCCGACUGCGCGCAGGUGGUCGUCCCCCAGGGUCUGCAGCUGCUCAAGAGCACAGAGAACUCCCUGCUGGUGAGCUGGGAGCCCAGCAGCGAAGUGGACCACUACCUCCUCAGCUACUACCCGCUGGGGAAGGAGCGCUCUGCGAAGCAGAUCCGGGUGCCCAAGGAGCAGCACACCUAUGAGAUUCCCGGUCUGCAGCCUGCAACCAAGUACAUAGUCACCCUGCGCAACGUCAAGAAAGACGUGUCGAGCAGCCCCCAGCACCUGCUCGCCACCACAGAUCUGGCUGUGCUUGGCACUGCUUGGGUGACCGAAGAGACGGAGACCUCCCUGGAUGUGGAGUGGGAGAACCCCUCGACUGACGUGGACUACUACAAGCUGCGGUACGGCCCCUUGACGGGGCACGAGGUGGCUGAGGUCACGGUGCCCAGAAGCAGGGACCCCAAGAGCCGCUAUGACAUCACCGGUCUGCUGCCUGGGACAGAGUACAACAUCACGGUCAUCCCCAUGAGAGGAGAGCUGGAGGGCAAGCCGAUUCUGCUGAGCGGCAGGACAGAAAUUGAUGGUCCGACCAACGUGGUGACUGAUCGCGUGACGGAAGACACAGCAGCCGUCUCCUGGGACCCCGUGAAGGCUGACAUAGACAAGUACAUGGUGCGCUACAUCUCCCCUGAUGGGGAGACCAGGGAGAAGGCGGUCCCCAAGGACCAGAGCAGCACCAUCCUGAGCAGCCUGAAGCCGGGAGAGGCCUACAAAGUCUACGUGUGGGCUGAGAGGGGCAGCCAGGGGAGCAAGAAGGCCGACACCCAGGCCCUCACAGAAAUCGACAGCCCAGCAAACCUGGUGACUGACCGGGUGACGGAGAACACGGCCGCCGUCUCCUGGGACCCGGUGCAGGCCGACAUCGACAGGUACAUGGUGCGCUACACCUCGGCCGACGACCAAGAGACCAGGGAGGUGCCGGUGGGCAAGGAGCGGAGCAGCACGGUGCUCACGGGCCUGAGGCCGGGCGUGGAGUACACGGUCCACGUGUGGGCCGAGAAGGGGGCCCGAGAGAGCAAGAAGGCCGACACCAAGGCCCCGACAGACAUCGACAGCCCCAAAAACCUGGUGACUGACCAGGUGACGGAGAACACGGCCACCGUCUCCUGGGACCCGGUGCAGGCCGACAUCGACAGGUACGUGGUGCGCUACACCUCGGCUGACGGAGAGACCAGGGAGAUGCCGGUGGGCAAGGACAAGACCAGCGCCAUCCUGACGGGCCUGAGGCCGGGCGUGGAGUACACGGUGGACGUGUGGGCCCAGAAGGGGGCCCGGGAGAGCAGGAAGGCCAACACCCAGGCCCCGACAGACAUUGACAGCCCCAAAAACCUGGUGACUGACCAGGUGACGGAGAACACGGCCACCGUGUCCUGGGACCCGGUGCAGGCUGACAUCGACAGGUACAUGGUGCGCUACACCUCGGCCGACGGAGAGACCAGGGAGGUGCCAGUGGACAAGGACAAGACCAGCACUGUCCUGACGGGCCUAAAGCCGGGCGUGGAGUACAAGGUGGACGUGUGGGCCCAGAAGGGGGCCCGGGACAGCAGGAAGGCCAACACCAAGGCCCCGACAGACAUUGACAGCCCCAAAAACCUGGUGACUGACCAGGUGACGGAGAACACGGCCACCGUGUCCUGGGACCCGGUGCAGGCUGACAUCGACAGGUACAUGGUGCGCUACACCUCGGCCGAUGGAGAGACCAGGGAGUUUCUGGUGGGGAAGGACAAGACCAGCACUGUCCUGACGGGCCUGAGGCCGGGCGUGGAGUACACGGUGGACGUGUGGGCCCAGAAGGGGGCCCGGGAGAGCAGGAAGGCCAACACCCAGGCCCCGACAGAUAUCGACAGCCCCAAAAACCUGGUGACUAACCAGGUGACGGAGAACACGGCCACCAUCUCCUGGGACCCGGUGCAGGCCGACAUCGACAGGUACAUGGUGCGCUACACCUCCGCCGACGGAGAGACCAGGGAGAUGCCGGUGGGGAAGGACAAGACCAGCACUGUCCUGACGGGCCUGAGGCCAGGCGUGGAGUACACGGUGGACGUGUGGGCCCAGAAGGGGGGCCGGGGGAGCAAGAAGGCCAACACCAAGGCUCCCACAGAAAUCGACAGCCCCAAAAACCUGGUGACCAACUGGGUGACAGAGAACACGGCCACCGUGUCCUGGGACCCGGUGCGGGCCAACAUCGACAGGUACGUGGUGCGCUACACCUCUGCCGACGGCGAGAGCAAGGAGGUGCCGGUGGGCAAGGAGCGGAGCAGCACGGUGCUCACGGGCCUGAGGCCGGGCGUGGAGUACACGGUCCACGUGUGGGCUAAGAAGGGGAGCCGGGACAGCAAGAAGGCCGACACCAAGGCCCUGACAGAAAUUGACCCUCCGAAAAACUUCCGUCCGUUUGCUGUAACCCAGUCUGGUGGGGUCCUGACCUGGAUGCCUCCCUUGGCUCAGAUCGAUGGCUACAUACUCACCUACCAGCUCCCUAACGGCACGGUGAAGGAGGUGCAGCUUCGAAGAGGCGAGCAGAGGUUUGAGCUGCAAGACCUUGAGCAUGGCAUCACCUACCCCGUCUCCUUGGUCGCCUUCAAGGGGGAGCGCCGGAGCAAGACUGUCUCCGCCACCCUCUCCACAGUUGAUGCGAGGUUUCCACACCCUUCGGACUGCACCCAGGUUCAGCAGAACAGCAAUGCCGCCAGCGGCCUCUACACCAUCUACCUGAACGGCGACCCCAACCGGCCCCUGCAGGUGUACUGUGACAUGGACACGGAUGGCGGCGGCUGGAUAGUCUUCCAGAGGCGGAACACGGGGCAGCUAGAUUUCUUCAAGCGUUGGCGGAGCUACGUGGAAGGCUUUGGGGACCCCAUGCAGGAGUUUUGGAUUGGUCUGGACAAGCUGCACAACCUCACCACUGGCACCCCGACCCGCUACGAGGUGAGAGUGGACCUGCAGACGCUCAAUGAGUCCGCCUACGCCGUGUACGACUUCUUCCAAGUGGCCUCCAGCAAAGAGCGCUACAAGCUGACCGUCGGGAAGUACAGAGGCACAGCAGGGGACGCUCUUACUUACCACAACGGGUGGAAGUUUACAACCUUCGACAGAGACAACGACAUCGCCCUUAGCAACUGUGCCCUGACACAUCAUGGCGGCUGGUGGUACAAGAACUGCCACUUGGCCAACCCCAACGGCAAAUACGGGGAGACCAAGCACAGCGAGGGGGUGAACUGGGAGCCGUGGAAAGGACACGAGUUCUCCAUUCCUUACGUGGAGCUGAAAAUCCGCCCUCAAGGCUACAGCAAGGAGCGCGUGGCCGGCAGGAAGAAGCGGACGCCAGGAGGCAAGAUGAGAAUGUUGUGA